AUGCCAGUUCACUCGCAAGCCUCCGGUGAGAUGGAGCCAGCAAGGAGGUGGUGCUGGGAGGAGGCAGAGUUAUCCUUAUGCUGCCUCGUGAGCAUCGCGGGCGCGUCCUGCUCGCGUUGGGGGGUAGAACGCCCUCGGAUUGGAGCGGUGGAGGGGACUGGGAGCUUCUUUGGGCUACUUCCUGCAGCUGGAUCGCUGGAUACAAUGGCAUUCACCAAUCACCAUGGUGGAGAAAGCUCCAUGGACGGGCGUUGCUCGUGGGAUGGCAAAUCAUCCGGAGAAUGCAGUCGCACCGCACGACGGCGUUUCGAGACUCUGGGCUGGCUGGCCGACACCAUUGAUGUCCCCCAAGGAAUGCACACGGUCCAAUGCGCGUGGAAUUCCGGCGACGCGUCUCAGGUCGCGCGCGUCCGGGACUGCGGCCAGAUCCUCUUUCCUGAAAUUGCCGGAUCAGGAACAAAAAUGGCCAUCACCACUCUUCAGGACUGCCUUAUCAACUUCAUCAUUCCAGAUUCCGAUGGUCACCAAGACACCACCUGCGGUCAUGAUGGCGUUGAUGACGACCCACUCAGACGCGCGACACGUCUUGAGUCUUCGCCCCCCCCUCCUUUUGCACCAGAUUCGCGACCCGUUGGAGACCCGUUCGAGACCUGUGCUGACUGGCCCGACUAG